GAAGACUUCAUUGUUCCCGAGGGACCCGAAGAGGCUCAACCCUUGAAGGAAGAAGAAGAGCUGUCAGUGAAAGCUAUUGACUUGUGUGUGUUGCGACGGAGCAACAGAGUCCCCGGAUGUGUUUGGAAAGUGUGCGAGUCUGGUUUUGUGUUGAGUGAGCUGAACUGCGCUGCGCUUUCUCAUCAGGCUGCUGUUGCGGUUUAUCUGGAUUGCCAAUUCAUGGGCAUUGCUGUGGUUCAUCUGGAUUACGAAUUCUUGAUAAAAAAAAUUAUCCAGACUGAAGAAACCCGGCUACACCUUCAAAUCCAGCUGAAUUUUUGCUGCGGAUUCGUCGAAAUGGUCAAGACUAAUAAUUUCGAUGACGACGGGAACCUUGAUGUUCGAAAUGUGCUCCCAACUACCUCGAAACGUGUGUUCCUUCUGAAAUUCAGAUCCACGAAAAUACCUGAUUUCGAAAAAAUUAAUUCGCAGGAAAAUCAAGAAGUAUUUAUCGAAAUAUUUCGUCGAUUUCUGGAGAAGCCCGCGAAGAUUCCCCAGAGGAAGGAAAGUGCGGAUCCUCGGGUGGGCAUGGAAGCACCAGGUAACAACCAGAUGCCAAUCCAGUGUAGAUCUGGUUGCGGGUUCUUUGGGACUACAGCUACAGACGGCUACUGCUCCAAGUGCUACAAGGACUACUUGAAGCGGCAUCAGGCGCCGCCGUCUGCGAAUCCUUCAACCGCCUCCUCGUCGUCCGUGUCUUCCGGGUUCUCGACCGAGUCCAGGAUGGAAUCGCCCGUGAUUCCUCAGGGCUCUCCUACAAGUAUGCAGAAGGAAGACGACACGAAGGGGCAUUCGGAAGAAGUUGCCAGUGCAGCAGCAGUAGCCUGUGCAGACAUAAUCGAUGAGGACAUUGCCAACCGUGCUGCAGAAGCUACCUCUAGU